AUGAGUAAGAAAAAGGAAGAAAAAGAGCAAAUGAAUUUGUUACCUAGUGAUGAAAUUAAUUUCAUUGAUGGAGAGGAUGAGGAUGAUGCUAUGGAAGUUAACAAUCGGGGAAAAAGGGUAGCUAGUGUAGGUAGUGGCAGUGCUAGUGUCAAUUCCUCAAAGAUGCAAAAGCAAAAGGGACCGAUUGAUUUAUAUUUCACUCCCAGACCGGAAAUUGUGGUACAAAAAAGAAAGGAGGGGGGAAAACAGACAACCAUUAAUGAUGCAUGCAAAAAAGAGUUGAGAGGAAGAGCGUGUGCUGCUUUUGCAAGGUGGAUGUAUGAUGCAGGAAUUGCAUUCAAUGCUGUUAAGUAUGAUAGCUUUGCUGAGGUUGUUGAAGCAAUUGGACAAUAUGGUCCUAGCAUGAAACCACCUAGUUAUCAUGAGGUGAGAGUUUCUUUGCUUAGGAAGGAAUUGGAUAAUACCAAUGCUUUGAUGAAUGACCAUAGAGAGGAGUGGUCAAAAUUUGGAUGCUCAUUAAUGGCAGAUGGGUGGACAGACAAGAGAGGGAGAACAUUGCUUAAUUUCCUAGUAAAUAGUCCAAGGAGAACCAUGUUUAUUGAAUCGAUAGAUACUUCUUCUUUUUUGAAGGAUGGUGCAAAGAUGUUUGACUUACUUAAUAAAUUUGUGAACCGCAUUGGAGUAGCAAAUGUCAUCCAAGUCGUCACAGAUAGUGAAUCAAGCAAUAAGUAUGCCGGGAAGAUGUUAGAGAAAGAACACCCACAUUUGUAUUGGACACCAUGUGCUGCUCAUUGCUUAGACUUGAUGUUGGAAGAUAUUGGGAAAAUACCGUCCAUCUCUAGAACAAUGCAGAGGCCAGUGGAGUUGAAUAGUUAUAUUUAUAUGCGCCCAAAGUUGUUGAACAUUAUGAGGAACUUUACUCAUAAAAAGGAGUUGCUUAGGCCCGCUAAGACUCGAUUUGCUAUAUGUUUUAUCACAUUAUCAAUUUUGAGAUUAGUUGAUGGCGAGAAAAAGCCUCCCAUGGGAUACAUUUAUGCGGCUAUGGAUAGGGCUAAAGAAGCCAUUGCAAAAUCAUUUGGGGGAGUAGAAGAUAAAUACUCAAAUAUUUUUGAAAUAAUUGAUAAGAGGUGGAAUGUUCAACUUCAUUGCCCUUUGCAUGCAGCAGGUUAUUAUUUGAACCCAGAAUACUUUUAUUCAAAUCCAAAAAUUGAAGAAGAUGAAGAGAUUGCAAAGGGUUUGUAUGCAUGCAUUGUAAGGUUAGUCCCGGAUGACAAAGACCAAGACAAAAUUAUUGAGGAGCUGUCCUUAUAUUCUAAAGUUGAGGGCCUCUUUGGUAAUCGCUUUGCUAUUAGACAGAGAAGUACACGAGCACCAGCUAAUUGGUGGGAAGCUUAUGGCAAGUCAAUAAAACUUCUCCAAAAGUUUGCUAUAAAGGUUUUAAGCCUUAUUUGCAGUUCUUCUGGUUGUGAACGAAAUUGGAGCGUGUUUGAGCAUCUUCAUAACAAGAAAAGAAAUAGGCUCGCUCAAACAACUUUGAAUGAUUUAGUGUUCAUCAAAUAUAAUAGAGCAUUGAGGCGUCGAUAUAAUAUGCGUGACACUCUUGAUCCCAUUUUACUCGAUGACAUUGAUGAGAGCAACGAGUGGUUGACGGGGAGGAUGGAUGAUUUUGAUGCAGAACAUGAUCUAGUCUAUGAAGAUGAUUCCCUGACAUGGGGUGAUGUUGCUAAUUUUGCUGGUAUUGGAGAGGUUAGCAGGCCGCAACGGUCUACUUGAUCAAAAUCUAGUUCUAGUUCACGAUUACCGACAAAGGGAGCAGGAAGUUCUUCAGUUCAACUUGUAGAUGAGGAUGAUGAUGAGGAUGAUUCAGAUGAGAUAGAAGAGGAUCCUGAGAAUUAUGAAUCAUUUAGUGACGAUCAAAAUGAUGUUAUGCUUAUUGAUGACGAGGAUGAUAUUUAGAUUCGUUGGUGUUGUCUUCUUAGGAAGAAAUGGUGUUUAUGUUUGUUUUAGUUUUAUCUUAUAUUUCUUCUUAGUUGACUUUUGUAUCUUUAUGUUAAUAUGUUUCAUUAUUCACUGAAUCACUGUUGAACUCAAGUACUUGAUUUACUUGGUUUUGGCAUCUUUAUGUUGAAUAUUUAACUUAAGUAA